GUGGACCAACGCACUACGAGUUCACAGCGUGGACACACAAGCUGCACUCACAGGGACUCUGAGGUUUAUUCCAUUCUUCAGUGACGGAGAGAGAAAGACAACAAGACAUCCCGAAGAAAACAAAUUCUCUCACAGAAAAAUAAGAUAAAACUACUCGAUUCGUUCCUCACAGAUGAGUGGAUACUUUGUGAAUGGAGACCAUUGUUAUCUUGCCCCCUGAUGUCUCCUUCACAACAACAGAGAAGUCAGCACAGUUUUUACUUCAACUGGUGUUUCACAUUUUGAAGUGAAGCUACGUUCCUUAGUCUUUCUGGCUGAACUGUGGAUGGAGAUCAUGAGGAACUCUCAGUCUCUACACCGACUCCUUGUUCCCAUUGUGCUUUCUCUACUUUCACUCGUCGUCUGUCCUGCAUCUGCCAGUUCAGGGUCUGACUAUGACUACGGGGCCCACCCACGCUUUGUUUGCACCCCUAUUCCCGUGGAUGCAGACCCUUCCUGCUUCCCCACAGCGGGUCCAGGCGGAGGGGCAACAGGGCCCGGCGGCCCAGGCCAUCAAAGUGCACCUCCUGCUGGCUGGUGGGGGGCGAGCGAGGAGGCCAAAGCCACCAUCCUCCACCUCAGGGAGAGCCUUGUCCAGCAGAAAGAGACCAUCCUGGACCAGAGGGAGACCAUUAGAGAGCUGACGGCUAAGCUCACCCUGUGCGAGGGCCUCAACCGAGGCGUGGCGCCUCACAACGAGCACCACGGCACCUCAUACUCCCAUCAUGCAGGAGUGGCCGGUCAUCACACGUACACUGACAAUGGGCACCAUAGCAACCAGCAGGGUCACCAUGGAAACCUCAUACCAGACUCACCGCACCACCCCUCUGUAGGGGGGCAACGAUCGGAUGGAGGUCACAGCAACAACAACCAUGGGAAGGAUAAACAUGUGACACCAGGGGACAUCACAUCAUCACCAGAGCAGACGGAGAGGAUGCUGCACGCACUGAAGGAGAGGCUGGAGAACUUGCAGAAGAGGAACACAUCCAUCACUUACUCUAGCUCUCUGAAGGAGCUGCUGCAGAGGAAGAUCAACGCUCUGGAGCAGCAGCUGCACCAUCACACCGCCGCCCACAACAGCCCCGAGCAUCACGAUGACGACAGCAGUCACAGAGACGACAGGGACCAUCAUGAUGACGAUCGCCACGAUGACGGACACCCAUAUGACCGCAAGGACGACCACAACGACGGACAUCGUGAUGGUCACAAUGACAGCGACGACCACACGGAUCACCACGAUGACAGCCACAACGAUGACCAUCAUGAUAGACACGGUGACCAUGACGACCACGAUGAUGAUGAUGAUGAUGAUGAUGAAGACGAUGAGGAUGAUGAGGAUGAGGAUGAUGAGGACCAUCACAGUAAUGAAGCAGGCAGUCACAGUUACCUUCCACACACAGGAUACAGAGCACCAGGGCCCCGAACUGGUUUCCACUCAAACAAACUGGAAUCGAUGCUCAACCAGCUGCACCUCACAGGUUCCAGCAGGAAGAAAUCCAAGAGUCCCGAUGACUUCCAGAUCAGCUUCCCCAUGAGAACCAACUACAUGUACGGGCGGGUGAAGAGGACUCUGCUGCAGGAGAUCUUCGCUCUGACUUUGUGUCUAUGGAUGAAGGCGGGCGCGGGACCCAGCCUGGGGACGCCGUUCUCUUACUCCGCCCCUGGACAGGCCAAUGAACUGGUGCUCAUUGAGUGGGGGAACAACCCCAUAGAGCUGCUGAUCGAUGACAAGGCGGUGACGUUGCCCCUGUCUGUGAGUGAUGGGAAGUGGCACCAUGUGUGUGUGACCUGGUCAACACGGGACGGACAGUGGGAGGCCUACCAGGACGGAGUGCAGAGAGGGUCCGGGAUUAAUCUCUCUCCCUGGCACCCCAUCAAACCUGGUGGGGUCUUCAUCCUGGGACAAGAGCAGGACACGCUUGGAGGUCGUUUUGAUGCCACUCAGUCGUUUGUGGGCGAGAUGUCGGAUGUCCACAUGUGGUCACACGUCCUGAGCGCCAGUGACAUCUACAACCUGGCCUCCUGCAGCAGCCACCUCAGAGGAGAUGUCAUCGCAUGGUCCGAUACAGAGGUGGAGCUUCAUGGAGGCGUUGCCAGAUACCCCUUUGACUCCUGUCACUGAAAGGCCAAGAAAAAAGAACUAGGACAUUUCCUGGAAUGUACGGAGAGCAUCUAUCGUGUAAUAGAAACUACAGGGAGCGAAGAAGGAGCAAGAAUAAAACAACAGUCCUUUUGACGUUGUCAUUUUGACAGGACAAUCAUUCAGUGGCACCAACUCCUCCACACUCUGAAUCAAUGCCUUCCUUUAAACUUAAUCAGUGACUUUUUAAUAAAAAGAAGAAAAAAAAAAGAAUCCGACUCAUCUGUGUUUACAGAUUGUGUGUAGGACGUUAGUUACUGGACAUUAUCUAAUGUGUUCAUAAGCUAGUGUUUUCUUUUAAAUGGACAGGUGCUGUAUGUGACAUAUUGUCAUAUUGUUAAUAAAACUACACACUGUGGGGUCUGUGAUAAUGUUAGCAGACCUCUCGUGGCUUCUGAUGUGGUGAAGUGACAAACCGUAUCUUGUUAGUACGACACUGAUACCGAUAGAAAUGUGCUGGGAAAUCUUUUUUGUACUCUGGAUUCUCUUCUUUACAAGGUUUCCAUGGAGGAUACAGCUAAUUUACCAAAGAAACUGUAGCAUUAAUUUGUGUCAUUUUAAUAAUCUAUGUAUCAUAGAUAGAUUAAUGUAUUAUUUUGGAAAAAAUAAUGAAAAGCCAGUCAGACAGAAUGUUGCGUUUUUCUGGUGGUUUUACAAUUAUUACAGGAACUCUUGACACAAUUAUGUAUUGUAAAAUGGCUCCUUUAAACAAAUGAUAACGUUUAUUAUGUCUUUUUUCCAACUUUUGUAUAUUCUGCAAUGCAUGUUUGUUCACCGACAUUCCUCAUUGUAUUUUCAGUAGAUCUGAUUUUAACUUUGUGAAAUCUGAUGUAUUUUGUGUAAUGAAGUCAUUGCACUGUGGCUUUUUAAUUUCUGAAAUGCUCUGGCCUUGACUGUAUAUUUGUUAUUGUACUGUAUAAAUCAAAUACUGAAUUUAGGCCAAGUUAGAACUUUGAUGUUAUGUAUUGUGAUUUUUCCAAAUGUUAAGACAAUGUAAAUUAAAGUGUGAAAGAUA